AUGGGCUCCCCCCUGAGCUCGGCGGAGCGCUUCAACCCCGAGCUUUAUGCCUGGGAGGCGCUGCCCAACAUGUCGCGGCACCGCUCCGGCUCGGCCAGCGCCGUGCUGGGGGGUGCUCUCUACAUGGCCGGGGGCGGAGAUGGGCAACAGCCCCUGAGUUCUGCAGAGCGGCUGGUGGAGGGGCGAUGGGAGGUCUUGCCCGCCAUGAGCCAUCGCCGGAUCCGCGCGGCCUCCGGCGUGCUGGCGGAGCGCUGGCUGGUCUGCGGUGGCGGAGACGGGCGAUACGUCCUGAACUCUGCCGAGCUGCUGGACCCGAGCAGGCUGUUUUGGGAGCGUGUGGCCCCGAUGGCCACCCCCCGCUGGUGCAGUCUGGCAGGAGCUGUGCACGGCUGCCUUUACGUGUGCGGCGGCGGUGACGGUGGAUCGGUGCUGAAGACGGCGGAGCGCUUCGAUCCGGUGCUGGGCACCUGGGAGGAGGGGAGUCGACGUUUCGCCUCGGCUGAGGCAAUUUCCUGA